AGCCAAGCAGUCGCGCAUUAACACUAUUGCCGUGUGCGCUUUCGUAUACGGCGCCGGAUUUUUGUAAUAUCGUUAUUAUUUUCCGGAACGUGGGGGACGAGAAUAUUUGAGAAACGGGGAUUAGAAUAUUUUUACCUGAGAUAUAGACAGGUAGAAAGAGAGAGAGAGAAAGAGAGAGAGAAAGAAAAAGAAAAGAAAAUCAGUCUCUUCAAUUUCCUUUCAAAGGUCGUCACACGUCCAUCCAUUCGUCGUGAAAGACGGGAGGAGAUUCUAAAGCGACGUACCAGUGUCAGAGAAAGAGAGAAGAAAAAGAGAAGAAGAAGAAGAAGAGAAAGAGAAACGAGGUAGAGGCUGGCAGGCAGGAAGAUGAAGGGGAUGAUGCUGCCCGCGUUCUUGCUGGGCGUCCUCUUGGUCUCUCGCGUUCAGGCCGUGUCGGAGAGGUUGGAAUUGGCACCAGCUGGAGGAAGAUCUGAACCGCAAGUUGCAACGCUAUGCGAAGUUGGCGAGGUUUACCUGGCACAACACAUGGGUGAACAAGGUAGAUGGGUGUCGUCGACCGAUAAGAAGAGUUGUAUGACGGACAAACUCGAGAUUUUAGAAUAUUGUAAGAAGGCAUAUCCAAAGAGAGACAUCACUAAUAUCGUCGAGUCGUCGCAUUAUGUCAGAAUCAGUGGAUGGUGUAAGCCUGGAAGAACCAAAUGUAAAUUGUCGAGAUGGGUUAAGCCUUAUAGAUGUCUGGAGGGUCCCUUCCAAAGUGACGCACUUCUUGUACCAGAGGGAUGUCUUUUCGAUCAUCUACAUAAUCAGACGAAAUGUUGGGAAUCACACAGGUGGAAUGCAACAGCCGCUGAUACCUGCAGAGAACGUAAUAUGAAUCUAAGGAGUUUUGCUAUGUUACUACCAUGCGGGAUAUCGCUCUUCUCUGGUGUCGAGUUCGUAUGCUGUCCGAAACGCCUGAAAGAAACUGUAAAAGUCAAGAAAACGAUCGAUUUACCGAUUCCAAAAGGAGUUGACGAUGAUCUCGACGAGGACGAAGAUGAUCUCGAUGACGAAGAUGAUCUCGAUGGUGAUGCCGACGACGAUAAUGAUUCUGAAAGCGAUCUUGACGAUGUUUUCAGUGAUCAACCAGACGAUGAGGAAAGUGACGAGGAAUAUCUAGACGAUUAUGAUACAACUACGAGCCGACCGUCCACAAUAUUCUCAACUACUGAGAAAGUUAAACAAGAAGCAACGGCAAUGGCUUUACCACUUAGUAGCAGCACGCAACAACCAUCUCAAUCGCAGGGUACACCAGAUCCAUACUUGACUCAUUUUGAUCCACGAUCGGAACAUCAAAGUUACAAGCAAGCCCAAAUGAGACUCGAGGAAGUACACAAAGAGAAAGUAACAAAAGUGAUGAAGGAUUGGAGUGACCUAGAAGAAAGGUAUCAAGAUAUAAGAGCCCAUGAUCCAGUUGCCGCUGAUGCUUUCAAACGAUGGAUGACGGCACGAUUCCAAGAAACUGUUGCGGCCUUGGAAGAAAGUGGAGCCGCGGAAAAACAUCAACUCAGUGCGAUGCAUCAACAACGAGUGCAAGAAGCUGUUAAGCAGAGAAAUGAAGAAGCUAUGUCCUGUUACACUGCUGCUUUGAACGAAACCCCACCAAAUACUCAUCGCAUUCAAAAGUGUUUACAAAAGUUACUCAGAGCUCUUCACAAGGACCGACACCAUACGAUUGCUCAUUACAAGCAUUUACUUGACAGCAGUCUGGAACAAGCUCAACGUGAAAAACCAGCGACGUUGGAACAUCUUGCAGAAAUUGAUAGAAUCACAAAUCAAAGCUUAUUGAUGUUGGAACGAUAUCCUGAUCUGAGUGCAAAAAUCGGGCGUCUAAUGGAUGACUAUGUUUUGGCGCUUCGCAGUAAGGAUGAAACACCAGGUUUAUUGUUAGCAAUGACUCGAGAGGCAGAAGCAGCUAUUUUAGACAAGUAUCAAGCGGACGUGGCUAGCAAACAAGAAGAAAAAGAACAUCAAAAGCAAUUAGAACGUGCACGCAAGGAACAACGUAAGGUUGAACGUGGUGAAUUACGUACGGAACAAGAACAACAUGAAGAAAAUGAUUCAGUGAAUGACAAUAAGUAUUCUUCUCAGCAAUCUGAACAACAGCCGGUACCCGUUGCAACGCUGCAUAAUGAAGGAGUGGUUAGAGCAGCACACAGUAUGACUCAUGAUGUCUCACAUUCUGAACCGGGUUAUUCAGUAAGACGUGAACUAUAUCACAAGGAGAGCCGAUCGGUUUAUUUUACGCUAGCAUUUGCUGGAAUCGCACUUAUGGCAGCUGCAAUAGUAGGUGUUGCUGUAUUCAAAAGACGUAAUGCGAGAAGCCCACACAGCCAGGGUUUCAUUGAAGUUGAUCAAGCUGCUACACCAGAAGAACGACAUGUAGCUAACAUGCAAAUCAAUGGUUAUGAAAAUCCAACAUAUAAAUAUUUCGAGGUGAAGGAAUAAUUGAAUAAUUUUUAAAUCUGAACGAUCAUCAGUCGCUUUAAAAGCUGGUCUCGAAUAGCUUUUUUCCCCAUAUUAUUAUUAUUAUUUCCGUUUACGAAUGUCAUUAUUAUUUUCGUUAUUAUUUUGAAUUAAUUCUAAAGAGCAUGAGGAACCUCCGAAGAUCCGAUUAUUUAUGUGCUUCUUACAUUGUGCUUGCACAGCUAAAAAUACUCAUUAAUCUGAAACUAAUAGCUGUCAUAAGUCGUAAUAGAAAGUGAUGUUAAUUCACAUAAUGUAUAGCACAAGAAAAUCCAAUGAUAAUGUAUUAUGUUGGACCCAUCGAUAGUGUUAUAUGAAAUUAUCAUUAAGGAAACUUAAUACGCGGGAAUUAACACUAUAAAAAUGUGUCGAACCACGAAACUAUCUAGAUAAGUAUACUCGAUUCAGUGUAUCCACAUAAUGAUACGGUUUAAAUGUAUGUGCCAUAUGGAAAUGGAUGUCAGAUAUUAGAUGCCUAUCAUCAUCACUUCGGAAGUUCCUCCUGCUUUUAUUAUUGUUUUUGUUUUGCCAUCAUUUUAAUAUUGAAGAGAAACUCAGGAAGGAGCAUUGCUCAUGAUAAAAGAGUUAACGCAUUAGUUCUAUCAUCUUGAUGUUCCUUCAACUUUAUUAACUUAUUAACUUUUCAUCUUAAAGGAUUGCGAAAAGUACCCGAUUGAAAAGAAAUCCUAUAUAUAUAUAUGUAUAUAUAUAUAUAUAUAUAUAUGUAUAUAUAUAUGUAUAUAUCUAUUUAUUGUUACAACAAUAGAUCUUAAUCACCACAAAGCAACAUCUUUUCCGUAAUCAAUUAUGCAUUUGGUAAAGUGUAUCUAAUUGUGCACUUAACUUCUAUAUUUUUUCGCUCUGAUAUUUUUAGAGAUAGAGAAUGGCAAUAAUAAGAUUCUACGAUUCAGUCCUUUUGAAUAAUACUAAUAAUAAUAAAUAACAAUAAUACUAAUAAUAAUAAUAAUAAUAAUAAUAAUAAUAAUAAUAAUAAUAAUAAUUAAUAAUAAUAAUAAUAAAUAAUAAUAAUAAAUAAUAAUAAUAAAUAUAUAUCAGUAUCUCAAAGUCGUAGCAAUUCCGCAUUGGGUGAUAUAAGCUUCGAUUAAAGUUAAUCGCUUAUGAUUGUGCAAGAGUUAAAUGUACGCUACAGAGAAACUCUCAAAAUAUCAGAACAUCAAUCGAUGCACAUAAAAAGUUCGUGAUAUUUUUUUCUUCGUCCCCGUUCGAUUCCCACUGCCUGGUUUUUUAGUGAAUCUUUCUGUACUUAACGUUUACUUAGUCUAUAAAAAAAAAAAAAAAAAAGAAAAAAAAAGAAAUGGUAAUACUUAAGAGAUUGAGAAUCGCUAACAUAUUUAAUGAUAACGAGAAAUAAGAUAUUAUUCUAUAUCAUUCCACGAAAGUCGAGUACUUUUUUCGGGAGGCCGUCGGUUGUUCGUUGGUUGCACGGAAAAUAUUCGAUAGUUUCGUUCGACGUCGCCGAGGGGGCUUCUCUUGUUUUUAUUUUUCCCUUUAAACGAGUUUAAGCAUCGAAGACGUCACGUCGAUGCUAUCGAAUAAGAGGAACAGUUUACCGGAGUUUUUUGAGUGGCUUUAAUACCUCUGACUAUGGCUUUGGAAAAAGAGACGGCUGUUAAAGCAAGAAUAUUCCUUUCUGUUUUCGAAUUGUUCAUACAAUAACUAAUAUCUUAGGGUAUUAUUAAUUAUAUUAUAUGAUGAUAAUAUAUUACACGUUUAAUGCUUAUAUAUAUUUGUACAUGGUCAAAAAGGGGGUAGCCCGCACUUUAGCCAGGGUCGCGUGGGAAACUUUUUUAAUAAAUUCCAUUUUUAAAUGCACUUUAUUAAAAGCUCUAUUAAAAGAACGUUUUUUUUCUUUUUUUUUUUUUUUUUUUUUUUUUUUCUUUUUUUUUUCUUUUUUUUAAUGAACGAUCCGUAUUUAAAUUUUAUCCAUUCAAGGCAAUUAUAUAUUUUCUCUAAAUUAUUUAAAUGUCAUCUUACUAUUUUUAUAUAACCAAAUGCAAAUAACAUUUAAAAGAAAAGAUAAUACAAUCGAUUGUUAUAUGUAUUAUUCACAGAUAUUAUUAUUUUUUAUUAGAUCGAUCAUCUUAAGAUAAAUUAACAGCAAGAUCAUCGAGUUGUCGAUUAAAAAAAAAAAAUAUUAAUUUUGCAAUAGAAUUAUUUCUAUUUGCGAGACAAUAGCUUAACAUCGAAGAUGUCAAAGGAUAAUCGAGAUCUCUGUUCUCUGAUGUCUAAAAGACGAGAGAAAAAUUUGCAAGAUUAAUAUGGAAAAAAAGAAAAAAAAAAGAAUCAGAUAUAACUUAAUAAUCUUUGCUGGAAUACUUAAGAUGAUUGUUCUUGAACGUACAUUAAUUACAUUAUAUAUAUUUAUAUAUUUAUAAGUUUGUUUUAUUGUAUUUUUACACAUGUUUUUUGAAAUAAUUUAAACAAUUUAUUGCAUGCUAAGAUGAUUGUUGAAAACUGAAAAAGAAAUCGUUUAAGCGCACUCGCAGAAGCAGCUGCCUUCCUAUAUUAACUAUUUAUAAAUUUUGUUUAUCUCGCGCAACUCCGGUCGAAGGGUGAGCAAAUAAAAUACACACAGAUACACAUACAUACAUUGCUGAAUGUUACAAAUAUUUUAGAUAUAUUAAGACGAUAACAAUUACCACGUGAGUGUAUUACAAAUACUACAAAUAGCAUCAGUGAAUUAAUGAUAAUAUAGAAAUAUAUAUAUAUAAAUAUAUAUAUAUAUAUAUAUAUAUAUACAUAUGUAUGUAUGCAACGUGUGUUCGAUUUCACGCGCAUAAGCGCGUACGUUUGACAGAUGUGUGAGUGAUAUAUAGAUUAUAUAUAUAUGUAUAUACACACUAUGCAUAUACAUGUAUACAUAUAAAAUUAAUAUACAUUGUGUACCUAUAGCAAGUAGUCAUUAAAAUAUUGAAACAUCGCAUAUAUAAACCUGACUCGAUGAAUAUUCGCAGAUAAUGACGAACACAAAUUUAACAAAUAAGAUUUGUUAAAUAUGAUUUUUAUUUAAUUAUAUAUUUAUAUUGUUGCGUUGUUGUUCUUCGCAUAUUAUUUUAUCGAAGAUUAAUUUAAGUGAUAAAUCAUUAAAUUGCUUAAUUAAUCUAUCGUUAGUUUUAUUGUAAGUUGAUGUUACAAAUAGUAAUAUAAAUGAAUUAUAAAUAUCAGUAUUAGCAAUCAGAGCAUAUCAGUUUGGCAAAUUAAUUUGAUAAUAGUUAUCGGUAUGUAUUUCAUAAUACUGCGAAUCUGCAUCGAGUUAUCCUAUAUAAGUUUAAGAAUUGAUUUUUGUAAAGAGGUGAUAAGUACAUAUAUCAAGAUAAUUGACUUAGCUUAAAUGCCAUGUGAGAUGUGAGGGAAAGGAAGAAAAUAUACGUCCUUUAAAUAGCAGUUCGGAUUUAGAAGUUAAAGGAAGAGAAUAAUAAUGGAGCUAGACUUUAUUUUUACAAUUUUUUCAGUUUUUCUCGUACAAUGUGUAUCAAUCUGUAAUCAUGAUCCUGUAUUAUAUCAGUAUAUAAUGCGCAGUGUGACACUCGUAUAAAACAAUAUACACAUAAGCAGAAAUUACUUUUCUGCUAAUAACUCCUAGCUUUCCUAAAACUCUCUAUCUUUAUCUAACAAAAAAUUGCACCAAGUUUCAAAACUAUACACUUAAUAAAUGCCAAAACAUUGAAAUGAAUGCUCCUUCAAGGUCGUUGCUGUGGCUCGUAAGAUGAUUGUACAGGAUAGUGGAUUAUUAGAUAACGUUAAUGCAUAUAUCACAGUCAAAAAGUCUAUUGCCUAUGGAUCGUUUUUGCUUGUGAUUUUUAUUUUUAUCAAUGUUGAGAUAAAACUAAGGAAUACACAUAUUUGUCUUUAAGUUUUGAAGGAUAGUAUAAAGAAAAAAAAAAGAAAGAAACCAAAAAAGAGAGAAAGCACUUAAAAAAAAAAAGGAAAAAAAAGAAAAAAAAGAAAACAAAGUAACUGUUAAAAUUAAUGAUUUUCUUAUGAGUUCUUAGUAUACAGUAUAUACUAAGAUCUGCGCAUCCAUCCAAGCUAACCUUAAACCGAUAAAAAUAACGGAUAAAUGAGAAUACAUAAUAUUAGAAUAUCACUCUUACAUAGAAGCAUUAUAAUUUUUAAAUUAAACAUCUCCACGAUCAGUCCCCCGCCUUUGCCUAAAUUAUUAGUAGAGUAUAUUAUCGUUUAAGGAUAAUUACCCCUCCUCCCACCCUAUCCACCCACUCACUCACCCCCUUUUUCCCCCUUCACACGCAUUUCUCCUCACCGCUCACAAGUUUUAAUGCAUUAUUACACCUACCCCUCAAUCCCCAUGAAAGAACAUUGUGUUUGUGGAUAUAUGUAAUUUUACUUAUCAAUAAAUAAAUUUAAAAAAUUA